AGAGGGACUUCUGGCACGCCAGACCUCCUAUUCACACAUAAUAGAGACCCAAUACGAAAACCUCACCAUCUCAGGAAACACACCCCACAACAAAUCACAUUACAGGAGUAAAUCAGUUUUAUAACCCUGCGGUCACGCUUGGUGCUUCCAGACCUUCCCUGCGAUGCUCAGGCAGGAGCAAAGCCAGCAGAUACCUUGGGACGACACCGUUCACAGCAUGUAAGCAUUAAAACAAGCAACUUCCACCUUUGAUUUUCACCUCAGCAAUAACGGGCUGAGCAGCUCCUGGUACCGGUGCGAUGGGGAAUACUUUACCGAUUUCACCAGGGAAGAAGCAACUCUGUCGCAAGCCUCCUCCGCCAGCCUGGCAGAGGGGAGCAGGGCUGCGGAUGCCGCCAGUCCAGGCGGGGCCGGGUGGUUCCUGGGCGGUUCCCAUCCCACCCCACACCCCUCCUGGCACUACAAAAGGCGACGGCAGUGGCAGCAGGUACCAGCGAGGGAGCAGCACUAAGGAGAGCAGGAUGAGGAUCCUUACCAGAACCCUUCAUUUCUACUUCAUUUCUUUCUUACUCAGUAGAGCAAAUGGAUUCCUCACUCUGAGAACACCUACAGCCUAUGCCUUCCCAUUUUAUAACUACUCCUACUUAAACCUCUCUUCUGUAUCAGAAGCACAAGCUCCAAAAAUGGCAAGAGCUCUCAAUUUCUCACAUAAUGUAAUUGAAAAAAUAACCAAGAGAGACUUGGAAGGUUUUGACGCGCUGGAAGUUUUAGACCUUUCCUACAAUCAGAUUAAGGACAUUGAACCUGGUGCAUUUGAGAGUCUGCUCAGUCUUGUUUCUGUGAAUUUAUCAUUUAACAAUAAGAAGCUUCUUGUACCAGGUCUUCCGCCCCACCUGAAGCUCUUACCCACUAGCAAAGCCUCAGGGUCUUUGCGGCUUUUUAAGUAUUUUGACAAACCCUCAGAGGCUGCUCUGGAGCCUUCUGUAUCCGCCGAGGAGCUGCCACAUUUGGGAGGUCCAUUCAUCCUGCAAAAUGUUAAUCCGAGGCUCAGACGAAGUACAGAGAAUCUUCUUCGAAGAGCAGAGAAAAAUGUAACAGUCUCUCCAACAGCCACAUUAAAGCCUGAUUUCUGUGGAGCACCAAUAAAAGGGAUACUCGACCUGUCAAACAGCAAACUCUCCGAGGAAGAGCUGAUGUUAAAACUGGAUCCGGGUCUCUGCCAAGCUCAGCUGGAUGGUAUUUUGGAGCUUGACAUUAGUCACAGUGACCUGGAAAUGGAUCUUCUGUCACUGUUCGUCCUGUUUAUGCCAAUGAAAAACCUGCAGUCCGUUGAUGCCAGUUACAACAAAUUAACAAUUAACAUUCUAGAUGUUGAGGCGAUCUGUAACUUCCCAUUCAGCAAGCUUCUGUUUUUAAAUAUUAGCAACAAUCCCAUAAACAGCUUAGAUACACUGUGUCUCCCAUCAACCAUCAAGGUAAUUGAUUUGUCCUUCACCAAUAUAAGUCAAAUACCCCCAAAUUUUGCUAAAAAGAUGUUUGACUUAGAACACAUGUAUGUUCAAGGAAAUCACUUCAUAUAUACUGUACGGCCAGAAAUCACUAAUGCAGCUCCAAAAUUUCCCCCUGGAACUGUACAUAUUAAUGCCAUUUCAUUUGUCAGAAACCAGGCUGGUACACCCAUUGAAAGCCUUCCGAAGAAAGUGAAACACCUGAAAAUGUCCAACUGCUCCAUUGUAGAACUGCCAGAGUGGUUUGCUGGCACAAUGGAAGAACUAUUAUUUUUGGAUCUCAGCAGCAACCGGAUUUCUGUGCUUCCUGUCUUACCUGCCUCCCUGCAGCAUCUCGACAUAAGCAACAGCGAUAUUAAAAUAAUACCGCCUAGUUUUAAAUCUGUCUCCAACUUAACAAUAUUUAAUAUUCAAAAUAAUAAAAUUACGGAUAUGCAUCCUGAGUAUUUCCCGUCGACUUUAACAAAAUGUGAUAUUAGUAAAAAUAAGUUGAACAUGUUGUCAUUGACUGACGCCCUGGAGAAACUCGAACAUCUUAAUGUUUCUGGAAACUUAAUCACCAGACUGGAACCCGCCAGCCACCUUUCCGCGCUCGCUAAUCUGGACAGUAGUCAUAACCUCAUUUCAGAACUCCCUGAUCACUUUGGGAAAUCUCUUCCAAUCCUGAAAUAUUUUAAUUUAUCAGGGAAUAAGAUCUCCUUUCUACAGCGUGGCUCUCUCCCAGCUUCUCUGAUCGAGUUAGACAUUAGCGACAAUGCCAUUACUACCAUAGUGGAGGACACUUUUGGCCAGUUAACGAGUUUGAGUGUUUUGACUGUUCAAGGUAAGCAUUUUUUUUGUAACUGUGACUUGUACUGGUUCGUGAAUGUCUAUAUCCACAACCCCCAUCUGCAGAUAAAUGGCAAAGGAAACCUCAGGUGCAGCUUUCCACCAGACAGAAGGGGCUCGUUGGUGGAGAGCAGUAACCUCACGCUUCUGCACUGUUCCCUGGGCAUCCAGAUGGCUAUUACAGCUUGUGUUGCCAUCCUGGCUGUUUUGGUGUUAACCGGCUUAUGCUGGCGGUUCGAUGGGCUGUGGUACGUGAGAAUGGGUUGGUACUGGUGUAUGGCGAAGAGGAAGCAGUACGAGAAGAGGCCAGAAAACAAGCCCUUUGAUGUCUUCAUUUCAUACAGCGAACAAGACGCAAACUGGACGAAAGAGAAUCUACUGGAAAAACUGGAAACUGAUGGAUUCAAGAUAUGUUACCACGAGAGGGAUUUCAAACCGGGGCAUCCAGUACUUGGUAACAUUUUUUACUGCAUAGAAAACAGCCAUAAAGUCCUUUUUGUUCUCUCUCCCAGUUUUGUAAACAGUUGCUGGUGUCAGUACGAACUGUAUUUUGCUGAACACCGGGUCCUGAAUGAAAAUCAGGAUUCCCUCAUCAUGAUUGUGCUGGAAGACCUCCCGCCCAACAGUGUGCCACAGAAGUUCAGCAAACUCAGGAAACUGCUGAAGAGGAAAACCUACUUGAAGUGGAGCCCUGAGGAGCACAAACAGAAAAUGUUCUGGCAUCAGCUAGCAGCUGUCUUAAAAACAACCAAUGAACCACUUGUGAGAGCAGAAAAUGGAUCUGCUCAGGAUAUGUAUGAGAUGGAAUGAGGUACGAGAAUGUGUAAAGGUUGUGCCUAGAAAGUCUGUAGUCAAAUAAAAGCUUUUCUGUGUUUACCUCCUGCAAAGGCUGCUGUGUUGCAAUGGGGGUUUGUCACGAAUCAGUCCCAGGAGAGGUUACUAGCGGGUUUGUAGCAUGCGCGUUAUUCCGUCCGAUAAAAGAAUCUGUUAUCCAAAGGGCUGAGACCCAAGCAGUGAUAAACAGCCUUUUCCUCCUGGGUGCUCGAUUUUCUUCAGCUAUUUCCAGCAUUUCUUAAAAUGCUGUGGAUGUCACCUGAAAGGAAGAAGAGCUUGAGUCACAUUACAUGUCCUAACUGUCUUUUUCAGAUCAUUGCAGUGAAAAGCGAUGUCAUUCAAAGGUAAGGUUGUAGUUCAGAUUCUCAGUUCUAGUACAGCUUAAGGUGGGAACACACACUGUGUACACGUAACAACAACACAAACCAUGACAGUGCACAGGUAACAGCUGCUUUCUGUGGUUUAGUGAGACAAGAUUAAAGAUUUACUUAAUGUAGCCAUCUGAGAGAUGCAAUUGCAAAUCCACGCUGCUACGUCAUUUGGUUUCAGGAACUGGUAGAAGAGAUCAGACUUUAAAAUCUUUUAUAAUUACAGAUGAACAUAUACAACCAGACAAA